CGCAUAUAACUAAAAUAUGCUUCGACACCAUCUUGGUUGAGCCGUCGAGAAAUGAUAUACUUUAUGUCAUAUUCACUUUGUAAAUCAUUGAAUAGAUUUUGAAAAGAUUUAUUGAAUCGCAGUGGGUACCUAGCGGCGAGCGGUCUCAACAUUGUGAUAGGUGAAGGCAACGACUACCAGAAUGUAACAGGAACGUAUGCUGUGUCGUGCCGGCCGUUGAACGUACUGUAGCUACUAUUAUCGCUACAACUGCCGCCGCUGCACCGAAACUAUAGCAAAUGUAGCAACUGUCUAUGCGACCCUGGUACUCAGACCCUAUCCUCGGAUCGUAUAACGCAGCGUUUAGUAAUGUUCAUAAAGCCUAUUUGAUAUGAGCACUCCGCCGUGGCGUCUCUAUGUACCGUAGAGGCGUAGACGUAUUCGUUUUUUUAAUUUUAAACGAACGUGCCCCAAUUACCUACACUAACCCAAGAUUUUUCUUGGUUGCAUCCAAUAACCACACAAUUUUGAUUUUGACCCUAAAAAGGUCGAUAGACAAAAACCGCAUACCUUAUCUGUCGUUGUAUAACAAAUUACGGCACAUUUAAAGUGAACUUUUUACUUUACCUUCAUGUACAAACAAGAUGAAAUGAUAGUUGUUACGUGUAAAAAAAAUAUUUAAUUAAUAGCUCUGAAAAGAGUCUAAAUAUUUUGAAAAUAUUAUUAUGUACCUAUAGAAAUGGUCAUAUGUAUUAUGUAGGUAUAUAUUUACAAUUUUGAAAAAAAAUAAAGUAUCUACGGUUAUUCUUAUUAGAUAUUGAGUUACACAAAAAAAACUGAAUUCACCUUUCUUUCAUAAAAGUACUAAAGUAAAAAAUCAAAGAAUUUUUACUGCCUCGAAGAUUAUGAGUGAUGCAGAGUAAUUGACAGACAAAAAAAAACACGCACACACAUCUUUGUAAGCUCGCUUCUUUAACCAAAAUGUACCUAUAUAAAUGAAGUUACGGCAUCGGCAGUAUUCGAGAACUGCGUCUUUUUAAAAUAAUCUAAAGCUACAUUCAACCAGAUAUUUGUUAUGGGUUCUGCCAUUUCCACCGGUUGUAAAAUUUUCCACCCAACUUCGCAAGUUUUCCGGACCAUGAUAGCUCAUAGUUGAUACCCAGCUAAAAAUCUAAAAUGUAAGAGGAUCGUCGUGGAAGCUGUUUCUAUUUUUUCUAAUAACCGCGGGCCGUUGAUCACAAAUUAUUCACAAUAAGUUUUCGUUUUUCAUGUAAAAAAUAUUUUACCGCCAAUUUUUGUUUAUCAUUCGGUCUAAUCAUUGGUACCUGAUGCAUUGAAGUAUUUAUGAUAAUAUUCUGUAUCCUCGAAGGAUUAAAACCUGUCAAAAUCUUUUUAUACGAAAUUAAGUAUGUUCUAUGACGUACUGUCACUACUGUCAUAGUUCAGUAAUCAUAGGUACACAAUGGAACUCUCCAUGAAUUUUGAACAACUACUACUAAAAUCUGAGUAUUUACACACUAAUUCAAAACAUACACACUUUCAUAAGGAUAAUGAAAAGGAAUUGUUUGUUUCAUGGGACAAUUGUGUCAUGGUUUCAUAUUCAUUAGACAAUUUAUCUGAAGCUAGUCUUUGGAAUCCCAUUGAACCUAUGAUUGUACCAAUAAGUAAUCCAAUAAUAUCAAUACUAACCUUUAAUUCAAAAAUGUAUUGUAUUGAUAAAAUCGGAUCUAUAUACUAUCUAAAACAAAUUCAACGAGAUUCUCCAGACUUAUUUGAUUGUUCCAUGUCUGCUCAAGUUCCUCAACAGCCAUUGUUCUACAGUUAUGAGUGGAAACUCUGCUACUCUCAAAAGUGUCCAUGUGAAAUACUUGGAGCAACUUGCUAUUCAGAUGGAAUUGCUGCAAUAACAGCACUGGAAGAAUUUAUAAUAAUACAGAUGUUAAAAAUAUCUAUUAAUGAUAAUAAUGAACCAAUUAUAUGCAAUACCUGUAACAAACAAAUUAGAUCUCAGAAACCGUUUCCAUUUGUAGUUACUUCGUUUGUAUCUUGUAUUUGGAGGGAUUGGUUCAGUAGCCAACGAGCUGUACAACUUUUCGGAUUAAGUGUAAUUGACAGUCUAGAUAUCUUUAUAAUAGCAACAGAAGAGUCAAAAGUAUAUUGUACAACAUCUAAUGUGACGAGUAAAAAUGUUUCAUUAUUUUUAAAUAGUCCACAAAAAAUUAUACAUAUUCAAUUUUGUGAUUUUGAACCAAAAAAUAUGCUGUUAAUGUCAUCUAAUGGAAUUCUUAUAAUUAUGCACUGUGUUGAAAAUAUUCAUCCAUCAUACAUUUACCUAGCAGUUACAAAAACGGUUGCUACAUUUAUUGUUGACCAUACAGUGAUUUUAAGUGAUGGUGUCCAUUUAUUUUUAAUUACAUUGGAUAUACCACUUUCUAAAAUAGUCAAACAAGUAGUCACUCAGUUGAAAGGAGUUAUCUCAUUAUGCAGAUUUCAGUCCAAUAUGAUUAUUGCAAUGACCCAAUUAAAUAAAGUGUAUAAAUUAUCAGCUAAAUAUGAAGUGGUGACUCAAGAAGAAGAACUAAAGUUUAAAUUUAAUGAAAAAUCAAUUUUAGAAAACAUAAAAAAUCUUUGUAAAAGUAUAGAGUCUUUAGAAGAGCAACAUGAAAAUUUGAAUAAAUACAUAAAUGCAGUGUCUAUUGUUGCUCGCAAAGAUUUAGUUGCUCAAUUGUGUUCAUUAAACAUUUUAAUCUAUUCAGGUGCUAAAGCUGUCAAAUUAGGAGCUUGCCAAGAUGAAUAUAUUUUUGCAAUCAAGCUUUCCACUGAUUGUUCAUGGUUAUCAUUUCCAUCUUCAAUUUGGCAACUCUUGGUUCGUAUUACUGACAAUAACAAUUUAUCGUCAAAUUGUCGCGUACAUUUUUUUGAUGUUGAUAUCUUCAACAAUAAUCACCCAUUAAUGGUGAAACACCGUUUAUUGGCUACUGUUGCUGAAAAUUGUACGUCUGGUUUAGUACACUGCGAAUUGGUGUGUCAAGUACAAAAUGAUUCAACUAAUCGUUGUUUAAUUAUUCCGUUAAAUCCAAUAAAAUUGAAUUCAUUAUAUUUUGUCAAAGCUGAAAAACGAGAAAAGAUCCUGGUGAUGAAUCCUUUGGAAGAUAGACAUAAAAACGUUUUUAAAUUUCCAGAAAACAUAUCAUUAAUUGAUUGCCUAACUGUUAUUACAAACAAAAAUAAACAUAGAACAUCAAAAUCAUUUUAUAAAAAUAUAAUUGAUAAUAUGCCAAAAACGUUAUAUUUGAAUUAUUUUGGAAAAAUAGUCACAAUGGUUUUGGAUGACAAAAUUACAAAAACCAUCAUACUAGAAUGUCUAGAUCAAGAUGCUUUGAUUGCAGUUCGUAAUGGAAUCUUUAGUGAACUUUCAAAUGAUCAACCAGCCAUCAUAAAAUUGUCAGUUCUUGCAGAUGUACAAAAACAACUUUGUUUAAUUGAAGAAUUAUCAAUUAAAGAUCGUCAGAACAAACAUAUUGUUAAAGAAAUCAAAACUAAUAUUCUAAACCAAAUUAGUAAUCAUCUACCUGUUUAAUCAAACUUUUAUUUAGUUUAAUAUUAGAAAUGAAAUUUUAAUGUUCUAUAAGCUUACAAAAAUAAAAAUAAAUAAAUUGUUAAAUUAUUACAUUUGUAACAAAAACAUUAUACUUGAAAAUGAACAAUUUAAUUUAUGUAACUUAUUAUAGUAUUUAAUAGUUUUACUAUUUCAUUUGUAAAAUAUUAGAUAUCUAUUAUGACUUUCCUGCGCAAAGUAAAUACUAAUUUAAUUCAACUGCCUAACACACUAAUUAAAAAAAAUAUACAUAUAAUAUUCAUUGAACCAGUCUUUGUAAUAAAAUUACUGUUAUGUCCGCCUAUCUGGAUACAUGAUAGUUUGUUACUUAUUGAGUAUGUUAUUUAAUGUGAUUAGUAGUUUUUUAAU